CUCCAUUUUACACACACACGGACGGACGCAUGUAUAUGUAUAUAUAUAAGUGUAUAUUGUCCAAGUUAUAAUAACAAUAACUACCACAAUCUAGCUAGCUAACGGGAAAUCAAGUAAAAUUUCAAUGGCGGCGAAAUCUCUAAGCACGCCCAGGCUCGGCUCCUCCCUUUCUUCUCCGGCCUUCCAAUCCCUCCGCACCUAUAAGUUCCCCAUCCCUUUCCUCUCUUUCUCUUACUCUGCUCAAUUCCUAUACUCUAGAAACUUCUCCCUUUCCAUCUCUUCUCCUCAUCCCCGCCGCGCCUUUACCACCUCGAUUCGGGCCGACUCCACCAACGGCUCCGAGCCCCCGCGGAACUACGACUUCGACCUCUUCACUAUCGGAGCCGGCAGCGGAGGCGUCAGAGCCUCCCGCUUCGCUGCCAAUUUUGGGGCUAAGGUUGCCGUUUGUGAGCUGCCUUUUGCCACCAUUUCCUCUGACACCACCGGUGGCGUUGGUGGCACGUGUGUUCUCCGUGGCUGUGUGCCAAAAAAGCUCCUUGUAUAUGCAUCGAAAUUUUCUCAUGAAUUUCAGGAGAGUUGUGGGUUCGGAUGGAAUUAUGAAGCAGAACCUAAACAUGAUUGGAGCACGUUGAUUGCUAAUAAGAAUGCCGAAUUGCAACGCCUCACCGGUAUUUACAAAAACAUCCUGAAAAAUGCUGGUGUCGCACUAAUUGAAGGCCGGGGCAAGAUUGUGGAUCCACACACAGUGGAAGUGAAUGGAAAGCUCUACUCAGCAAAGAACAUUCUCAUUUCAGUUGGUGGGCGUCCUUUCAUUCCAGAUAUCCCUGGACGUGAAUAUGUAAUAGAUUCUGAUGCUGCUCUAGAUUUACCUUCGAAACCUACGAAAAUUGCUAUAGUUGGGGGUGGUUACAUUGCACUUGAGUUUGCUGGCAUCUUCAAUGGCUUGACAAGCAGUGUCCACGUAUUCAUAAGGCAGAAAAAGGUUUUGAGAGGUUUCGAUGAAGAGAUCAGGGACUUUGUUGGAGAACAAAUGUCACUAAGGGGAAUUGAGUUUCAUACUGAGGAGACACCUCAGGCUAUAGUCAAAUCAUCAGAUGGACUGCUGUCUUUGAAAACUAACAAAGGCACAGUUGAUGGGUUUUCUCAUGUAAUGUUUGCAACGGGACGAAGACCAAAUACAAAGAAUUUAGGUUUGGAAGCCGUCGGAGUGAAGUUGUCAAAAAAUGGAGCCGUAGAGGUUGACGAAUACUCUCGGACUUCUGUUCCCUCAAUUUGGGCAGUUGGAGAUGUUACCGAUAGGAUAAAUUUGACCCCAGUUGCCUUAAUGGAAGGAGGAGCACUGGCAAAAACGCUUUUUGCAAAUGAACCGACAAAACCAGAUUUCAGUAAUGUGCCAUCUGCAGUGUUUUCUCAGCCACCUAUUGGUCAAGUUGGUCUUACUGAAGAGCAGGCAAUUAAAGAAUAUGGGGACAUUGAUGUUUAUACAGCAAACUUCAGGCCUAUGAAGGCUACUCUUUCUGGCCUUCCCGAUCGGGUCUUCAUGAAACUUAUUGUAUGUGCAAAGACAAACAAAGUCCUUGGUGUGCAUAUGUGUGGAGAAGAUUCGCCAGAAAUUAUCCAGGGAUUUGCAGUUGCUGUAAAAGCUGGCCUGACUAAGGCGGACUUUGAUGCCACAGUGGGUAUCCACCCUACAGCAGCGGAGGAGCUCGUCACCAUGAGGACACCUACACGGAAGAUUCGAAGUACUCCAUCGGAGGGAAAAACCGAUUCUGAUGUCAAAGCUGCUGCUGGUGUUUGAUGUCAGGAAUGAAGCAUGCAAGUAGCUACAUUGAAGGAAACUAUGAUGGGGCUCUCAUUGACCGGCCGUCCAUCCAGAGACAGCUUGGAAGCUGGAAUGAGUUUCGGAGAUGGGAUAUGAUGAGUAUUGGCUCAAAAAAGCGGGGAUAUGUGAGGUGGUGGUGGCUGGCGGCCGAGGCACGCUACUCGGAUCUCCUGAAGGAAUGUGGGCCGACCCGCUCCUUUCUAAAAGGGCCAUGUCUUUUGGGGAAGGGGUCCAUGGAUUCUUCGCCCCACGCCUAAUAUGAUGUCUAGUAUCAUUUGAACAGUUCCAAGUUUCAUUUUGAACGGAAUCAAACGACGAAACAAUUUUCUUCAUAGGCAUGUGCCAUUGC